AGUAUCACUACACUACUCGUGCGCGCUUUAAAUUACAUUUAUGGAAAAUUAUUUUAUUAAAUCACAUUCAAAUAGUUUUCUAUGGUCAAACUAAUCCGUUUUACUUCCGUUAUGUGAAUUAAAAUUUAUUACUUCCGUUAUGUGAAUUAAAAUUUACUAUUGUUUUAAUAAAUAACUAUUUGACAGACAAGAAAGUGCGUGGGAAUCAGGAACUUAUUAUUUGUGAAAGUGGUCGAAAAUUAAUUGAAAUGAAAUGUCGAAAAAAGGAUAAACAAGUUCGUGUUCGAUUAAAUAUCGACAAUGUGACCAAAAUGAAUCGUGGAUCUAGGGAAGAACUCCUGGGGAGCUCCCAGGAGGCGUUGCGGAAUAGCCAGCAUGAUCUACGCAGCUUCUGUGAUAGACCACUCACAAAAGAAGAGAAAACUUUCCUCCUUCACGCAGACAGAGGAGACUAUGUCACCGUUAAAAGGUUAAUAGACCAAUACUCGGCCAAUCCAGACAUAUUGGACAUAAACUGCGUAGAUCCGCUCAACCGGUCCGCCCUGAUAGCCGCCAUCGAAAACGAGAACUUCGAACUUAUCAAACUACUCCUGGAGUCUGGAAUCCAAGUCAAGAACAAGAUUCUAGCUAGAAAUACGAAAAUUAAAAUAAAUAUAGCGGCUACAUUCACACCGGACAUCACGCCUUUAAUCCUGGCAGCUCACAGGAAUCAUUACGAGAUCCUAAAGAUCUUAUUGGACAGGGGUGCCACACUGCCAGUGCCACACGACGUCAAGUGCGGUUGUGAUGAGUGCGUCAAAUCUUCCCAAGAAGAUUCCCUCCGCCACUCCCAAGCUCGUAUAAACGCAUACAGAGCAUUGACCUCUCCGUCCCUAAUCGCUUUGUCCUCAGCUGAUCCUCUUCUUACCGCCUUCCAGCUUUCUUGGGAACUAGGACGACUCAGUCGAAUGGAGACAGAAUUCCGAGUCGAGUAUAAGGCUUUACGGCAACAAUGUCAAGAGUUCGCGACAUCCCUAUUGGACCAUACGCGUACCUCCAAGGAGUUGGAGAUCAUGCUCAACUACAACCCUUGGGAUACAGACAGCUGGGAACCAGGGGAGAGACAGACUUUAGGUAGACUCAAACUGGCGAUUAAGUAUAAACAGAAAAUGUUCGUCGCCCACCCGAACGUUCAACAGUUACUUGGAGCGAUAUGGUACGAAGGUUUACCAGGAUUCAAGAGGAAAAACAUAGUUGGACAAUGUAUACAGCAAUCCGACUGCACUAACCAAUUGCGCUACACAAGAUGGUCAAAUUUCAUGCACUUCGUUAGCCCAAAUUUGUUGCUGUCUCUCGCGUCCCAGCGAGCUGAGUACCUUGUACUGGAAUGGUCAGGCAUCCGUUGGCUUCAAGAACUGGUGGAACAUUGGAAAGAGCAUGAGAGGGGAUCAUUGCCAGGCCUCAUAGAGUUCACAGUCAUCGUCUACAUAGCAAGUCUUAUUUGGGCCGAGAUCCGAGCUUUAUGGACGGGGGGUAUUAUGGAAUACAUCAGCGACCUUUGGAAUAUUGUGGACUUCAUUACCAAUAUGUUCUACAUCGCUUGGAUCAGCUUGAGGGUUUCCUCUUGGUACAUCGUUCAGCGUGACUAUCGCAAUGGUAUGGACCCUUGGUAUCCACGAGAACGUUGGGAUUCGUACGAUCCUAUGCUGCUUUCUGAGGGUGCAUUUGCCGCUGGAAUGAUCUUCUCAUUCCUGAAGUUGGUGCAUAUAUUCUCCAUCAACCCUUACCUGGGGCCGCUCCAAGUCUCCCUCGGCCGCAUGAUCCUGGACAUUAUCAAGUUCUUCUUCGUUUAUAUGCUGGUGCUAUUCGCUUUUGGUUGUGGUUUAAACCAACUCAUGUGGUACUACGCCGAAUUGGAGAAGAACAAAUGUUACCAUCACCCCAAUGGCAUACCAGAUUUCGAUACACAGGAACGAGCAUGUACAAUAUGGAGACGCUAUGCUAAUCUGUUCGAGACCUCCCAAUCUCUGUUCUGGGCAUCGUUCGGUCUCGUAGAUCUCACGACCUUCGAGCUGACAGGCAUCAAGAGCUUCACUAGAUUCUGGGCAUUGCUCACAUUUGGAUCGUACUCCGUAAUUAACAUCAUUGUUCUGCUGAACAUGCUGAUUGCCAUGAUGUCCAACUCCUAUCAAAUAAUCUCGGAACGAUCCGAUAUGGAAUGGAAGUUUGCUCGCAGCAACCUAUGGAUGUCUUAUUUUGAAGAUGGAGAUACGGUGCCUCCCCCCUUCAAUAUUAUCCCUACACCUAAGCAUUGUGUCUGCUGGAUCAAGCACUGCUUCAGCAAAAGGGACCGAGGAUCUAUAAUUCACAAGUCACGAGAAAAGGCACGUCAUCAACAUGAGGCAGUAAUGAGGGUAUUAGUUCGAAGAUAUGUCACCGCUGAGCAGCGAGCUCGUGAUGAAGUUGGCGUCACAGAAGAUGACGUCAUGGAAAUCAGACAAGAUAUAUCCACUUUGAGAUUCGAACUAAUAGAUAUACUUCAUAACAACGGUAUGAAAACACCUAGACUCAAAUUACAGGAUACAACUGUCGCAGGUAAGAAAGGGAAAGUUAUGGAAAGACGAAUCCUCAAAGACUUCCAAAUAGGUAUCGUCGAAGGCAUAAUUAAAGAUGUUAUCUCCAAAGAGAGCAAACCUAAAGAUGUCUUCAGCCAGAUCGCUAAAGCUAUCGUCAGAAGAGGCAGUACUGAUAGAACGGAUAGUAAAAAACGCGAUUGGAAUGCGUUAGUGAGAACCAACACAAUACGACGUGAUCCCAUAGGCAGAACGGCAGAGGCAGAAAUCCGACGAAGCAGGCAGUCACUGCGUGCACACAUUCUAGAUAACGUGCAAGCACGAACUAUUGAUCCACAGAAACUGCUAGAAUACAACCCCAAGCUAUCUGAGGUGACUCCAACUACACGAGUGGCAUACGCUAAGUUCAUGCGAAGCAAAAUCAAGUCAGACUACAAAGAGAAAGAGAAACAAAAGGAUUCCGGUGACGAGUUCAGUCUGGUAGAUGAGGUGUUCGAAACUCCACAGAAGCAGGACUUGAGAAGGACCAGUAGUAAAACGUUCAGAAGUAGGACUCCUAUUCCAGAAACUUCGGACGACGAUGGAGCUAGAGAUCAUGAAAUUACUGUGAAAGCUGAUAUUGAAGAAAAAGGUUCCGAAGGAGGUUCAGAACAAACAAGACCAUUGAAAUCUUCAUCUCAAGAGCCUUCCGAGCCGAGCACACCAGCUUUCGAUCCAAUUAGUGAUAGGCGUUUCACACCUCCUGUACAAUUUGAUACUAAAGAUCACAUUAUACAAAUAGACGAACCAGAAUCUCCAACCAAAGCAUUAUGCAUGACAAAGGAAGAAGAUACAAGAUUACAGAAACCUAUAACGCCCACACCGAGCGUACCUUCCGAGCUGAUAUUAUCAGCUGCAUCAUUAGAAUCUAAAUAUAAACAAAUGAUAACUCCACCACCAACCGUUGCAGCUCCUACUCCUCCUAUAACUAAACCUUCUUCUUCGGAUACUAAACAUCCUUCACCGAUAAUAAAACCUCCAGUAAUAACCCCACCACCGCCCGAAAGUCCACCUCCUCCAAUUCCUUUAUCACCUGAAAUAGCAUCCCGUUCCGAAUCUAGAUCCGGUAGACCUGAUACCACUACACCUAGACCAAGAACUUCUACUCCAAGCUCGGAACCUUCAAUUCCUAAACCAGAACGACCUAAAUCUUCUUUGAGUUCUCACAGAGUUUCACCAUCACGAUCGCCAUCACCUUCCCGUACUCCUAUCACCGACAAAGGUAAGUCUAAAGUGACUGGUAAAAUGGUAUCUGGAUGGCUUUAAGUUUUAUAAAAUGUAAGGUUUUCGUAUUCAUGAAUAUUUUGAUACUACUUCACUGUUUGUAAUACUCAGUGAUUAUUCUUAUUUAACUCAUCCAUGAAUAAUGUAAACAUAUCUAGUUUCUAACUAAAUCAAAAUAAAUUUUGCAAUACAUGCACUGUGGCAUACCAAGACUGUGCUAUGAACGUCGAAAACAAUAGACGCUCCUUGCAUUGUCCACUCCAGUGUUGAUUGGUAAAGACACCAAUCAACACUGGAGUGUGCAAUGCAACAGAACAGUCUAAUAAAUAGUAAUACAAUGAAAUCUGUUUUCCUGAUACGUUCCUAAUACGCUCAUGGUAUAACUCAUAAUUGCGUGUCGUAUCAUUGUUUAGAAACAGUAUAAUUUAAAAAAUUGUCGUUAUCAUAAAUAGUUUUCAGCAUCGAUUACAUCGAAAUGAUGAUAAAUUAUAAUAUUAAGAUUUUUUUUUUUUAUUAAUCACGAUAUAUCAAAGACAUAAUUUCAGAAGUGCCUUAAUAU